AUGUGCACCCCUCCUGCGGCGGAUGUGCCGGUGGACGAGAAAAAAGCGUACUUCAGGGCGAUAUCAGACGCCGUCAGUGUCCCGAUCUUCGUUCAGGAAGCCGGUACGUCGCUUGGUGGGGCGUUGCUGCGACAGAUUGCUGAGGAGAGCGAACAGGUGCGCUAUGCCAAAGUCGAGAAUGCACCGCCAGCGCAGAAGGUCUACGAGGCGGUUCAGCAUGGCGGCGAUUUGGUCACAGUCUUUGGUGGUGCGAGUGGAACUUACCUUAUAGAGGAACUACGUCGUGGUUCGCAAGGCACCAUGCCUUGGCCCAGCCAUCCGCACGCCUUUGUCCAAGUUUGGGACCACUGGCAGUCCGGUGACGAAAUCGCAGCCCGCGAGGUCUGGGAACGGGAGAUUACCCCGAUUCUCCGUGUGGGAGGACUUGUCCACAAGGAGAUUCUCUACCGCAAAGGUAUCAUUAAAUCCCCGCGUUGGCGUUCUCCGGGACCUGCUCCACUCGAUGAUAUGGGUCAACGGGAAUUGGAUGAGGUCUGUGAGCGGUUAGGGAUUGGCUGA